CUCUCCUUCUCUGGUGUCACUUCAGGUUUCAGCUCAAGAUGAACAGACUGGUGUUGCUUUGUUUUUCAUCAGCUGCUUUUCUUGCCACUGUAAAGAAUGUUUCUCCACCACCAUGUGACAGUGAAAUAUAUUGUACUGGGCCCAUUUUACAUCAAGUCCAGAAAGCUAAACUGUUCCAUGAUGACAAAUACUUUGUUGACAUGAAGCUUAAGGCAAAACCUGAUGUUGUUUUGUCAGCUUUUCACAACCUUUCAAAUGAAAUGCCAAACGGGACCGUGCCGCCCGACAAGCUGCAGGAGUUCCUCACUGUGUACUUUGAGAACCCGGGGUCAGAGUUUGAGCCAUGGACGCCACCAGACUGGCACGAAAAGCCAAAGUUCCUGGAAGGAAUUGUUGACGUGAAACUACGUGACUGGGCUGAAAAGAUUCAUCAUCUGUGGAAGUCUCUGGGCAGAAAGAUGUCCUCCGGUGUUAAAGAUCACCCCGAGCUCUACUCGCAGAUUCACAUCCCACAUCCUUUUGUUGUGCCUGGAGGGCGCUUUAGGGAACUUUACUACUGGGACUCCUACUGGGUCGUAAACGGCCUCAUGCUGUCAGAGAUGACAGACACGGCCUCAGGGAUGAUUCAAAACUUCCUCUACCUUGUUAACAGAUAUGGCUUUGUUCCAAAUGGUGGGAGGAUUUACUAUGAAAAGCGCAGUCAGCCUCCAUUCCUCACUCUAAUGGUGGAGAGCUACUAUCAAACAACCAAGGAUAAAGAUUUCCUCAGAGGAGCUUUACCAGCUCUGGAGCAGGAGUACGGCUUUUGGAUGCAGAACCGUUCUGUGGCCGUGAUGGUCGACGGGGCCGAGCACCUGCUGAACCGGUAUCAUGUGGAGGUGGGCCGGCCCAGGCCUGAAUCAUACACAGACGACCUGGAAUUAGCUGAAGGACUCACUGACGAUGAUAAAGAGCAGCUGUGGAUGGAUCUGAAAGCCGGUGCAGAGUCUGGUUGGGACUUCUCCUCCCGUUGGUACAUUGAUGGUGACGGCCACAACAGUGGCUCCCUCAGAGACACACGCACCAGCCUCAUCCUGCCCACUGACCUCAACGCUCUGCUGUGCCUCAACGAGAAAACUCUGGCUUCAUUUCACAGGAUCCUGGGUGACGGUGAGUCAGCCGCUCAGUAUGACAAGGCCGCGGCCCGCAGACAGGGGGCGAUGGAGGCGGUGCUGUGGGAUGCUGAGAGGGGAGCCUGGUUUGACUACAGCCUGAUGACGCACUCCAGACACGUCGAGUUUCACCCCUCCAACCUGUCACCUGUUUGGGCGCAGUGCUAUUCUCGGCCCGAGAUGGGGGAGAGGGUGGUGCAGUAUCUGAAGGGGAGUGGUGCUCUUCGGUUUCCCAACGGAGUUCCAACAUCGCUGAGAGAGUCUGGGCAGCAGUGGGACUUUCCUAACGCAUGGCCGCCGCUACAGCACAUGCUCAUCAGUGGUUUAUCCAAACUACCGUCAGACGAUGCUCAACAACUAGCGUUUGAUUUGGCCCAGCGCUGGAUCAGGACAAACUGGUUGGCAUACAUGAAGUACGACGCCAUGUUUGAAAAGUACGAUGUGAAUGGAGAUGGCAAACCUGGUGGUGGAGGAGAAUAUGAAGUUCAGCUGGGUUUUGGUUGGACCAACAGCGUGGCCCUGCAGCUCCUGGAGCAGUAUGGGGCAACGCUCACCUCAGGAAGCCAGCAGGUGUCUCCUGGUGUCCUGCUGCCUCUGGUCAUCUCAGCCGCUCUCAUGCUCCAGUGAAUCACAGGUGACAACAGAGUCUGACUGGUCGUUGGAUUUUAUUAUUCUCUGGUUUCACUGCACUACAUCACUUCUGUGCACCAACUGACACAUUGACUUAAGAAAUAAGAUAUUUUGUCCACAUCCUUGAGGAAAAGGAACAAAAAACUUUCAUUUGCAAAAGGAGCAGGAUGUGAUUUAUAACGGAUACUCUUUUUAGAAAGAAAUUUGAUCCCUGGUGUUGUUGGAAGAUGCAGAUUAUUCAGGGUUUUAAAAAAAUAUGACAUACUAGGUCUGAAAUAUAUUUAAGUAGGUCUAAAUGAUGUUUAAGAUGAUUAAACGCUAAUUGAAAAUGAGUUUCUUCUAUUUUAAGAGAAAAUGUUCUGG